GGGAGCAAAUUAAUUUCACGAGCGAAUGUUGUCGCUAAAGGAAAGUCGCACGUGCAAGUGGAUUAGAGUUAACUAAUAACCGAGGACCUAUGUACUGAAGGAUUUACACUAGCUGUCACAAGUAGGAGGAACAACAACACACCUUUAAUUGACUUGUUUUUAUAGUAUGCCAGCAGUGGAGGAGCAUGACUUGUGUAUUGGUUCGCUGAGCAGGUUGAUGGAUUGUGCUCAUAUCUGUGGGGCUGUGUACCUCACAGACCUACCUUUUCUCUGAGAGCAAAAGCUCAAGUCUGGCCCUCAGCAUGUCUGGGGCCCAGCCUUACCACUGGGGACCGCAACAUGUUGUUAACAGCAUGUGCUUUGACUUGGGUAUUGACAGCAUGGAACACAACCGGAGAGAACUUCAGCAACAACAGCUUUCCGAGGGAUUUGAGAGCAGACUCCCUACCCACUUACCAAUGUAUCAGAACCUUCAUCAGUUAGCCUCCAACAUACCAUGUCUCACUGAGAGGGAUCAGGUGGUCCCGUCCUUCCAGAGAUUAACUGUGUAUGAGCAUGGUCAGCCAUACAUCCCCUGUAGAGACCCCAAACCCCUCCCUCCUCUUCCAGACCCAGAGGAUCUCUCAUCGGAUGAGGCAGCGGAUGGAGAAGUAGAGUUUUUUACAGAUGAAAGACGCCACCUACUGCCUAAAAGCUGCCCUAAAUAUUUUGCCCUGCGCCAUGGUGGCCCAGGACGGCGUAGCUUCAGAGGCUGUGGCCAGACCAACUAUGCCUACCAUGAAGGCCAGGUUGUAGAUGGCAGCAGUGGAGCUAACUAUGCCACCAGCAGUUGGGCUAACAAUAAAGCUAAAUCUGUGGUUACCAUAGAGGCAAGUGGAAGAACAAGCAGUAGUCCUAAGGUUGGAACUAGCAAUGGGGGUAGCGUUGGAAUCCAAGGACAGUGGUUCCAGAUACAGAAGGGAGAGCAGGGGAUGGCAGCAGCUAGGGUCGUCCCUCUUGGGAAGCAGCCAGACCGCACCCAACGUGCCAAACUGCGUCGUUCUCACUCAGAAAGACGCCUCGUAAACCACCACAACCACCAUCACCAUGCUCACAGCAACUGCAGAGACAACACCCAAGACAAACCUGAGGUACCUCCACGUGUUCCUAUCCCCCAACUGCCCUUAAAGAGCACCACCACUGACUCUUCUACCAACUACCAUGACAAGGACAAGCCUCCCAAAGUACCACCUAGGGUGCCUUUGCAGCCCACUGUCCCACCCCGUACUCCCAGCCCCAAGAGCCUCCCUAUCUAUGUCAACGGGGUAAUGCCCCCCACUCAAAGCUUUGCUCCCAAUCCCAAAUACGUCAGCAAAGCCCCUCAGAGAUUUCCUCUGCAGAGCGAGGGGGCAUCUUCUGCAGAUAUGCAACCCCCCUGUAUUGUGCCCAUCAUGGAGGGUGGAACAAAAGCCAGCGCCACACACUAUUUUCUUCUUCCUCGCCGUCCGGCCUACAUGGACAGGCUCGAAAGGUUCCUCAAGGAGGCAGACAGUGAGUCUGCUGGUGGUGCAUGUUGCUCUGCCAGAAUGAGCAUAAACACCCUCUACCGUUGAUCUAAAGCCUCAGGAAACUCAAAGAAUUACCCUAUUCUCCCUCAGUCUUAGGGUAAAAACACUUACAAAAACGAAAUAAACCUCCAUCUGUGAUGUAACAAUCAUUUAUGUCAUAGAAUGAGAUUUGAAGUCAAGAUUUUAUAUUUAUAUUGUAUUGAUUUAUGGUGAGUUUUGGACAGUUAAUAUAGUCAGUCUCCAUACUGACACAAUCCAAUAAGAAGUGUGUUAAAGGGUAAAGUGAUAAUUUUCUAGUCUCGUUUGAGCUUUUCAAUAAUACAAUAAUUCAGAUUUCACUCGUCGAUGUAGCCAUUAUCACGGGGCUGAAGUCAAGUUAGUCUCAGGUUGGAUAUUCUACAGAUAGUCCACAUUAAAUUUCCUUACAUUCACUAACAGAAGUUAGGGACCAAAGUUGUUUUAUUAAAAUUUAAAUAGCUCCAAAAACUUAAUGACACUGGCACACCCUUUGAUUAGUCCAUUUUCAUCUCACACAUUGUUAUACAAAGUCUUAACAUUUUAAUUUCAAUAGUUCAUUGGUCAUGUGACCUUCAAACCUCAAACUAUAUUUCAAUCUAUGAAUAUAUAAUGCAACCCCAUUAGAUUGUCCAAAUUUGCUGGUGUGUUGGUUAAGCAGACAUUUAAUAAGGGAUAUUUUGCCAAGUCUUAUAUUAAUAUAACUAAACCCCAAAACUAUUUUAAGAUCGCAUUUAAGGAAAAAAGGUUUUCGGCCAUGAAGUUUUGGGUCAGAAGUUUUGGUUUCAGCCCAGAAUUUUCAUUUUGAUUCAUCACUACCCAAACCAAUAAGUAUACUUAUCACAUCACACAGCUUUAUGCUUUGAACAGCUGGUCUGUUAUUGAAUGUUAACUAAUUAUGAAAACGUUUCCAAUGUCUAGUGCAGUCUGUACAUUGGUGUAAAUGUUUAAAAUAUUGAUUUUUUGCUUAACUUUGGUCUAAUUUAACCUCACCCUUACAGUAUUUUGAAUGUCAGUUUGUGUGAGACGGAAGGAUAAAUAGUUAUUUUAAGUUAUCAGUUAGACAUGCUUUUACCAGGUAACUAAGUAAACAAUAACUAUGUGUAAUGGUUACUGAAGUUGUGUUAUGUAGUAAUUGAGUCCCUGUAGAAGCGAGAGAUGCCUUUUUUAUGUUAAUGUGCAGAUUUAUGAGAUGCCCUUGUUAUAUUUAUGAAGCUGUGUCACUGUUUGGACAUUGUUUUCUAUGUAAAAGUGCCGUUAUUUCAAGGGUAGUUUGUCACAGUAUUUAAAGUGUUUUUUGUGUUGGAGUGAAAUUUGUGAUUUUGUAUUAAUCUAUUUAUAGAAAUUAAAUAACUUAUUUGAACUGCUUUUGUUGUGCUCAAUCUUUUUGUAUUUAGGCACAGCACAGAAUAAAAUAAAGAAUCUCUGG